UCACCACGCAUCUCUUCCAAACAAUGCUCAGGAAAAAGCCACGUUGACGAUCCAGACUUGAGUGUAGUCCACAUUUUUCAGGCAGAAUAAAGCGGGAACUGCUUUAAAAUUGAGGCUCAGCUCCUUUCUCGCAGCAGAGCCCCACAUCUGAGCAGGCAGCAUGUCAUCGCCGCCGAAGGAGAAAAUCGAAACCAAAGGCGGUCAUCUCCCUGCAGUAAAGGCAGGCGGUAUGAGGAUAGUGCAGAAGCACCAGCCAACUCCUGCUCCAGAACCACCGCAGAAAGAUGACAGCGAGGAGUACAUCAGCAGCAGUCCACCGAGGGCCCCUGUGAUUGUGUCUGGAGUGGUUACAAAGGGUGAUAAGGACUUCACCCCAGCUGCUGCCCAGGUGGCCCACAACAAGCCCCAGCCUGGUGUUCCCAAGCUGCCCCCUGCCCAGCACAUCAACCAGCACAUCCACCAACCCCGCAAGUGAGCCAGGCGCCAAUCUACAACCAAGCCACCAAGCUACUAACUCCACCAGCCGGCCUUCCAAAUGGAACAGAUAGGAUGAAGACAGUUCCCCACCAGGCACAGAUCUCCUCUAAAUGAAAAGAGUAAUUACAUAUUUUGAGAAAUUUGUCAGUAACAAGACACCUGAAGUCAGUAACGCUUCAGUGCAAGUCCCACUUUUAAUACCACUGCUGCAUUGGUGCCGCUCUAGUAGCUCUGCACUUUAGGGUUCUCUCCUUUUGAAGGAUUAUUUUCCACUUGAAUAAGUCUUAAGGUGAUAUAAACUGAUGAAGAGUGUUCUUAAAUUUUUCUCUUUCAAAAAAAAGAAAAAAAGAAAAUCAAAUAUAAACAGAAACCGAUCUCAGAUCUGAGUCUGUUUGGGGAACUUUGACAACAUCCAGUCAAUCACAGCAACCUCCCAAUCAGCCCAACCAAGUUCACAAUAUGAUCCUUUGAUCUUUGCAAAAGAACCAAUCAACAAGUUAAGGAGGUGGAUCCCUGUUUAUUAACCCUCCAAACCAAAAAAAACCCCCCACAGAAAGCAGCUUUUGAGUGUAUAAUUCAGCAGCUUUGACAAGAGAAAGUACGACUAGCAAAUUACAUGACAGCAAUAACCAAUCAUUAGCGCAUUAGUGCUUAAUUGCAUUCCAUUUGACCUGGUCAACCAUAUUAUAUAUUAAUGCUAGAAAUGUCUAAGAGAAUAAGCGAUGUAAUGUUUGAUUGGCCUUCAUUUGAAAUUUUUGAAUAUAUUUAAAUAUUACAGAUAUGUUUGCUGUAGUGAGGCCAUUACCCAAGAAGCUUUUUGUUUAUGCUUGAUGUCAUCAGUCGAAAUGCGAGCACAUGCUAACGAAGCUUCUGAGCCACAGUCGAACCUGUUGAGCUUUUAUCACCGUUUCCUCCCAGUGUGCCCGUUCUUACCUUUAUUUAACAGAAAGGAAUCCCUCACAGUUGUUAUCGGCCUCAGCUGUAUCGGUAUUUAUCGUUUCCCGUAAACGUAACCUGUUCACAGUAAAACUCUACCAUCGGUGCCUCAUCGCUUAGAUUUUGAAGAUGCGCAGACUCAUUGGUCUCGUGUUUAUUUGUUGCAGAAUGAAAGUGCAGCGAAAUAUGUAAUGAAACUUAAAGAGUACCACCGGCUGCGGCAUGCUCUGUGACUGCAUUAACAUUAGCCCAGAUAUCACAAGGGACUUAAUUACAAGGUGAACAAAGCAUUACAGAGAAGCAGUUGAGCAAAGAGCGAGGCGUUAAACUGUCAGAUGAAGGUGAAAAUGGGAACAUUAAAGGAGAAUAGCACAGGUGUAACAAAAAAGAGCACUUUCUACAUUCCAUACAAAAAGCGUCGAAGCAAAGACAUUUCAGCCACGCGACUGUUUAUCGGCGUACGAUGAAGAUGCAGCACGUUUAUCGUUACUCGGCUCAAAACGUGUCAGAAAUGUGUACAACCUCCCGAAAAUCCAGAUUGGGUUUCCCGAGAGUGAUA